AGCCGUCUGUGAGAUGAGGUCUUCACUUGUGCUGUUUGUUGGGACGAUGUGUCUGUUGAACUUCGCUCUAUCACUGAAAAUCUGUGCAUUCAAUGUGCAGAGCUUUGGUGAAGCAAAAGCAAACAACAAGAAGGUUAUGGGAAUUCUACUAAAGAUCCUGUCUCGUUGCGACUUGUGUCUUAUUCAGGAGGUCAGAGACGCUAAAGGAGCAGCAAUACAAGCUUUGGUGAAGAAUCUGAACAGAUUUGACAAAUCCAACACAUAUUCUUACCUGGAGAGUGACAGGCUCGGGAGGAAAUCCUACAAGGAACAGUACGUCUAUAUUUUCAGAGACAACCAUCUGAAGGUCAAAGAGCAUUAUCAGUAUAAGAAACCUGAAGCUGAAGGAAGAAAUGAAAGUGAGGUUUUCACCAGAGGGCCUUUUAUUGUCCGCUUUCACUCCCCAACCACAUUGGUGAAAGACUUUGUCCUUGUUGGACAACACACCUCUCCCAAAACUGCGAUGAAAGAGAUUGAUGAACUGUACACCGUCUUCAAAGGAAUUUAUCAGAAGUGGAAGACUGAUAAUGUGAUUAUUUUAGGUGACCUAAACGCUGGCUGCAGCUAUGUCACCAUCAAGGGCUGGAGAUCUGUGCGUUUAAGAAGUGACCCCAAAUUCUGCUGGUUAAUUGGAGACAAUCAAGACACAACCGUCCGCGAGAAGACACGCUGUGCUUACGACAGGAUCAUUGUGCACGGACGUGAGAUUAUUUCCAGUGUUGUGCCAGGGUCAGCUCAACCAUUCAACUUUAAAGAGAACUUCCGCCUCACUGAGGAGGAGGCUCUGGAGGUGAGCGAUCAUUUUCCAGUAGAAGUUGAGCUGAAGGCUAACCACCGCUAUCUAUUCCACCAUGAGCUAUAAGCCAACAAACACUGUAAACCCUGAGAAGUUAGUUAAACUCAAACAUUUUGAGGAAAGCCUUAAUCUUAAACCAUUAAAGCUUAGUUAACUCAAGUAAUUCAACCAUUAAAAGUUAUCUUGAUUUAGCAAAAUAAGGUAAAAUAGACUGGGUUAAUUAAUGUUAAUGACUCUGCUGUCUUUCUCUCUAUGUGAGGUGCUGUUGCGACCAAGAAUUUGGGGCAACCUGCUGGACCCCUGGUAGAAGGCUCACCUGCAGACCUACCCAUGACAACCUGCCAAAAGGAUGCUGAUCUACA